GGGUCUGUCCCGGACAUGCUGCGGGCUCCUAGGUCUGGGCCGGGCAUUCGGCUGCUCCGGGACGCGGUGGGUCUCGGGCGACGCGGGCGAGCAUGGCAGAGACCACAAGGCCAGGACACCGGCGUGCAGGUGCACAACAGCCUCACAGGCAGGAAGGAGCCUUUGAUCGUGGCCCGCACGGACGCUGUCUCCUGGUAUAGCUGUGGACCGACUGUGUACGACCAUGCACACCUUGGCCAUGCUUGCUCAUACGUUAGAUUUGAUAUUAUCCGAAGGAUCCUGACCAAUGUGUUUGGAUGCAAUGUGGUCAUGGCGAUGAGCAUUACAGAUGUGGAUGAUAAAAUAAUCAGAAGAGCUAAUGAGAUGAAUGUGUCGCCUGCCUCUCUUGCCAGUCUUUUUGAAGAAGAAUUUAAACAAGACAUGGCAGCCCUGAAGGUUCUGCCGCCAACAGUGUACUUAAGAGUCACUGAGAACAUCCCGAAGAUCAUUGCUUUUAUUGAAGGCAUCAUUGCUCAUGGCCAUGCUUACUCCACAGCCACAGGCAGUGUCUACUUUGAUCUGCAAGCUCGAGGGGACAAGUACGGCAAGCUCAUCAGUGUGGUUCCCAGUGCACCUGCAGAGCCAGCAGUUGACUCUGAUAAACGGCACGCCGGCGACUUUGCCCUGUGGAAGGCAGCCAAACCUCAGGAGGUAUUCUGGACCUCGCCAUGGGGAGACGGACGGCCUGGUUGGCAUAUUGAGUGCUCCACCAUGGCCAGCGAGGUGUUUGGAAGCCAACUGGACAUCCACACAGGCGGUGUAGACUUGGCCUUCCCACAUCAUGAAAACGAAAUAGCGCAGAGUGAAGUCUUCCACCAGAGUCAGCAAUGGGGAAAUUACUUCCUGCACUCUGGGCAUUUGCAUGUGAAAGGCAAAGAAGAAAAAAUGUCCAAAUCCCUAAAAAACUACAUCACCAUUAAGGACUUCCUGCAGACUUUCUCACCUGAUGUAUUCCGGCUUUUCUGCAUGCGCACCAGCUAUAGGUCAGCCAUUGAAUACAGUGACAGUACCCUGUUGGAAGCCAAGCACCUGCUGCUGGGGCUGACCUCGUUUGUGGAGGAUGCUCGAGCCUAUGUAAAAGGGCAGCUGACCUGUGGCCCUGUUGGGGAAGGUGUGCUGUGGGAGAGGCUGGCCAGCACCAAGAAGGCCGUGAAGGCUGCGCUAGCCAAUGACUUUGACACACCGAGGGCAGUGAAUACCAUCCUGGAUCUUGUGCACCAUGCGAACAGAGAACUUAGGGCAGUUUCCAAGGAAGCUGGUGGCCCAAGAAGUCCCACUGUGAUUGGUGCCAUAAUCUCCUACGUUGAGCAGUUUUUCGAGACUGUUGGGAUUUCUCUGGCACAUCGACAGUGUGUUUCAGGAGACAGCAGCACGGCAACACUGCACUGCGUGGUAGAUGAACUCGUGCGCUUCAGGCUGAAAGUCCGCCAGUAUGCAUUGGCUACACCUGGGGCUACCGGGGAGGCCCGGAGACAGCAGCUCCAGGAGAGGCAGCCCUUGCUACAGGCAUGUGAUGCAUUGCGCCAGGACCUCGCCACCCAUGGCAUCAAUGUUAAGGACAGAGGCAACACAACCUCCACAUGGGAACUGCUGGAUCCAAGAACAAAACACCAGAACCCCGGAAGUUGAGGAUGAGACAGUGGCAGACCACAUGCCACCACGUCAUGGCACCUGCUCUUUUGUGCUGAAAACUUUAUAUUAAAGUUGCCAAUUGUGGCUGUUUAGCCAUCAGUAAAGUGA